CAUCACGCUAUGUGUGAGAAGAAUGGGGGUGGGGGAGGAUGUGAAGUCAUCCUCAUGGAUGAGGCGGUAGAAGAAGAGGAAGAAUGUGAUGAUGUCGCACUCUCGGAGAAAGAAGAAUGUGAGGUGCAUCACAAAGGUGGUCCUGGAACAGCUGGAGUAGGAAACGGUCACGUAUGUCAGAUCAUGAUGGAUGACCCAUGCAUCUUGCACGCUAAUGGUAGUGUCUUUGACAGCUGA